AUGGUUUACAUGGUCAACAAGGUUUACCCGGUCAACAAGGUUAACAUGCUCAGCAAGGUUUACACUGUCAACAAGGUUUACACGGUCAACAAGGUUUAUAUGGUCAACAAGGUUUACCCGGUCAACAAGGUUUACCGAGUCAAAAAGGUUUACACGGACAACAAGGUAAACAUGGUCAACAAGGUUUACACGGUCAACAAGGUUUACACGGUCAACAAGGUUUACACGGUCAACAAGGUAUACACGGCCAACAAGGUUUACACUAUCAACAAGGUUUUCACGGUCAACAAGGUUUACACGGUCAACAAGGUUUACCCGGUCAACAAGGUUUACACGGACAACAAGGUGUACAUGGUCAAUAAAGUUUACACGGUCAACAAGGUUUACACGGUCAACAAGGUUUACACGGACAACAAGGUGUACAUGGUCAAUAAAGUUUACACGGUCAACAAGGUUAACACGGUCAACAAGGUAUACACGGCCAACAAGGUUUACACUGUCAACAAGGUUUACACGGUCAACAAGGUUUACACGGUCAACAAGGUUUACCCGGUCAACAAGGUUUACACGGACAACAAGGUGUACAUGGUCAAUAAAGUUUACACGGUCAACAAGGUUUACCCGGUCAACAAGGUUUACACGGACAACAAGGUGUACAUGGUCAAUAAAGUUUACACGGUCAACAAGGUUUACCCGGUCAACAAGGUAUACACGGCCAACAAGGUUUACACGGUCAACAAGGUUUGCACUGUUAACAAGGUUUACACUGUCAACAAAGUUUACACGGUCAACAAAGUUUACACGGUCCACAAGUUUUACACGAUCAACAAGGUUUAA